AUGUUUUGGCGCCAACUUCUUCCUCUUGCUACAGCGGCUACUGCCAUGCUUGUCCAAGUGGACGAUUCUAAGUAUUUGGCUCAAUCCGGAGGAAACUAUAUCGUGGUAGACGAUAAAUCAAGUGCAGGUACUGAAUUUGAUCUUGAUGCCAGUAACAUUGUUGACAGUGGGGCCGCUUGGUCUGUUCAAAGCGACAAUAUGAUUACUACUGGAGGCGAGGGUCUCGUGAUUUCCACUUCGGGUUCGGAAAGCAAGAUUGUUUUCUUCCCUAAUGACGCUCUGUUGGCCUUUUUUGUUUGUCCAAGUGAUGGCGGGUCCUUCUUGUUCGUUGGAUCCGCCGAUGGAACUGACGGUGGUAGCACUGAUCCUGGUGGAGACCCCACUGAUACUGGUGGAGACCCCACUGAUACUGGUGGAGACCCCACUGAUCCUGGUGGAGAGCCCACUGAUCCUGGUGGAGAGCCCACUGAUCCUGUUGGUGGAGAGCCCACUGAUCCUGUUGGUGGAGAGCCCACUGAUCCUGUUGGUGGAGAGCCCACUGAUCCUGUUGGUGGAGAGCCCACUGAUCCUGUUGGUGGAGAGCCCACUGAUCCUGUUGGUGGAGAGCCCACUGAUCCUGUUGGUGGAUCCUGUUGGUGGAGAGCCUACUGA